UUUAAGGAAGGUUCGAUGUUUUAGGAAAGUUUGAAAAAGCAUCGAACGGGAUUCUGAGAUUUUGAAUUCCCUUGAUGAACAAAAUCGAUACAAUUUAAAAAUCACGCAACAAAUCAACCAAAAGAGAAAUUCCAAAGAAUCCAAAUCCACUCAACCCAUCCAAACAAAAUAAAUUUACAAAAACGACUCACAUUUUGGAAUUCACUUCAUCAAUCUCUGCGAUGGGUGUUCCUCAGGCCAUGCAAACCCUAAGCGAGAGAGCAGCAUUCACGAGGGAGUCUCUGCAAAAGAGCCAGACCAUCACGGAUAGUAUGGUCGCCAUUCUCGGCUCCUUCGAUCACCGCCUCUCCGCUCUCGAAACCGCCAUGCGUCCCACUCAGAUAAGGACGCAUUCGAUUAGGAAGGCCCAUGAGAAUAUAGAUAAGACACUGAAGGCGGCUGAAUUGAUACUGGCCCAAUUUGAUCUCACCCGCAAGGCGGAGGCUAAAAUACUGAGAGGGCCACACGAGGAUCUAGAAAGUUACCUAGAAGCAAUGGAUCAACUGAGAAGCAUUGUUCAUUUUUUCAACUGUAACAAAAGUUAUAAGAGCAAUGCUGGAGUGCUUAAUCAUGUCAAUAACUUACUUGCAAAAGCUAACUUAAAGAUAGAAGAGGAGUUUAGACAGCUCUUGACAUCUUACAGCAAACCAGUGGAACCUGAUCGCCUUUUUGAUUGCCUCCCCCACUCUCUACGACCAUCAUCAGGGUCACCUGGGCAUCAGGGUGAAGCUACUGGCAAGAAUCCUUCUUCUACCAAUCACUCUGAGCACAACAAAAGCUUAGAAACUGCUGUUUACACUGCUCCAACUCUUAUUCCACCCAGGAUUCUGCCAUUGCUGCAUGAUUUAGCCCAACAAAUGAGUCAAGCUGGUCACCAACAACAACUCUACAAAAUUUAUAGAGAAACCCGUGCUUCAGCUUUGGAACAGAGUCUCAGGAAAUUAGGUGUGGAAAAACUUACUAAAGAUGAUGUCCAGAAGAUGCAGUGGGAAGUUUUGGAGGCUAAGAUUGGAAAUUGGAUUCAUUUCAUGCGGAUUGCUGUCAAAUUGCUAUUUUCUGGGGAAAAGAAAGUCUGUGGUCAAAUAUUUGAUGGUGUUGAUUCUCUCAGGGAUCAAUGUUUUGCAGAAGUUACUGCGAACAGUGUAGCUGUGCUCCUUAGUUUUGGAGAUGCUAUUGCCAAAAGCAAGAGGUCCCCUGAAAAAUUAUUUGUUCUCUUAGACAUGUAUGAGAUAAUGCGAGAACUUCAUUCAGAGAUUGAAACAAUAUUUGAAGGUCAGGCCUGUGUCGAAAUGCGGGAAUCUUCAUUGAGUUUGACAAAGCGGCUAGCUCAGACAGCCCAAGAGACAUUUGGUGAUUUUGAAGAAGCCGUAGAAAAAGAUGCCACAAAAACUGCUGUUCUUGAUGGAACUGUGCAUCCUUUGACAAGCUAUGUAAUUAAUUACGUGAAGUUUUUAUUUGACUAUCAAUCGACAUUAAAGCAACUCUUCCAAGAGUUUGGCGAAGGGGAUGCUGAUGCUCAAUUAGCAUCUGUGACAACACAGAUUAUGCUGGCUCUUCAGAAUAACUUGGAUGGGAAAUCCAAGCAAUAUAAAGAUCCUGCAUUGACUCAAUUAUUUCUUAUGAAUAACAUUCACUACAUUGUCAGAUCAGUGCGAAGGUCAGAAGCAAAGGAUUUGUUGGGGGAUGAUUGGGUGCAAAUACACCGAAGGAUUGUACAGCAGCAUGCAAACCAGUAUAAGAGGGUAUCUUGGGCAAAGAUUCUGCAGUGUCUGUCCAUUCAAGGUGCUGCUUCAUCAGGUGGUGGUGGUGCGAUUGCAGAAGCUGGUAGUGGCAGUGGAGUUUCAAGAGCGAUGGUGAAAGACAGGUACAAGACCUUCAACAUCCAGUUUGAGGAGCUUCAUCAAAGGCAAUCUCAAUGGACAGUUCCAGACAGUGAGUUGCGAGAGUCAUUGAGGCUGGCAGUUGCUGAAGUUCUCCUACCUGCCUACAGAUCUUUCAUUAAACGUUUUGGGCCUAUGAUUGAAAAUGGAAAAAACCCGCAUAAGUACAUCAGAUACACUCCUGAGGAUCUUGAGCACAUGCUGAGUGAAUUCUUUGAGGGGAAGACCCUGAAUGAACUAAAGCGAUGUCUGACAUGUCAUGAGAAAACACCUGCUGAGAGAUCAAGCAGGAGAACAGAGAGGAUCCAUGCUGUGCUUUGACCUCAAGAACCGAAGGAGUUUAGUAGUCGGGAGUUAUUGAAGAAACCAAAAGAAAAUUAUGGUGAGAACAUGGAAGAAAAGCAUAAGUUGCAUGAUUCUAGGUUUCAUUGACAGGACACGAUUAUUAAAUUGGAGAAAGAAUUAGAGGCUAAGUUAUUUACACUAGACAUAUAGCACAAAUGGUUAAGUUUUCUUAAUCUGUAAAAAAGUGAUAAUAUCCUUAUAAAUGUCUCACAUUUGAUCUCAUGUUUAACUAGUAAAUUUCAAGAAAUUAGUUAUAAAUCUUCCAUUGAGAUGAAAUUAUAUUGAUAACAUUUUGCCUUUAUAUUUGGUUUGCUGUAGAAUUACUUUUUAUAUCAGAAGUUGGUGGAAAAAUGAUAUUUCUCUUUCUGGGAUAAGGACAUGGCACACAUAAUUAGGUUGAUUAAAGGUUUGUUGCUACUAUAUUUGCUUUGAGCCCACAUUCAAAAUACCAAAGCCUUGCAAAUUGAAGGUGAUAGACCCAGAUUAACAAUAAGAAAAUCUGUGCUUCAUGAUGCUGGUACUCUUGUUGGUAUGUAUUUCCAAGAGUCAAACCUGUGACUUCCAAAUCUUAUGAGAAGAACAUGUUAAAUUAUCAAAGUUCAGCUAUUUUUUCUUCUUUUAUAUAUCUUGGGGACAAAAGGAAGUGUUUGUGCAACAUAGUGUGCCUUCCUGGAAAAUUUGCUCGUUUUAAAAUAUCAUUGAUAGUAUGAUUAUAUCAAGAAACUAUCUUUUCAACUUAUAGCAAAUAAGAGACAUGAAUCUCUUUCUUUUAUUUGUUACACCUAUGAUCCAAUCUUACAUGGAACAUAAAUCACUAGCAUAUCAGACAAUGGAGCAUAGAUUGUUAUGAUAUGGGGAAUGGAAAUGAGUACACAAAACAGUAUAUAAACUGGAACGUGGUAAAUCGGUUAGGCUUAAAUGGUCCAUCAUUUGGUUAUUAAAAAUUAGAUUGCUGUAAGAUAGUUAAAUGCAAUAAUACCUUUUUUUUCCCAUUUCUAUAGAAGGGGCUAUAUGUUGGUAGUUCUCUCUCCUUUUUGGCAACUUUUUAUUUUUUCCUUUAAAAUGGAUUGACCAUGUAAUGCCACAAAACUACUUAUUUCAUAUUUCUGUUAUUCUUUUGGUAUGUUAUAACUGUUGAUCCAGUUUGCUUUAAAGACUUGUAUCCUCUUGCAUUUUGUUAACUAUUUGUAAUCUUGUUUUGUAAAAUUCAAUGAUAUAUGAAGGAUGUAUGGCACAUUUGAGAUUAUAUGAUCAAUAUCAUUGGUCAAUAGGAUCACCUCUCUUAAGCUAGUUUCAUUUGGAAAUCUACAUCCCCACCUAAAGCAAAAGCCUUUUGUAUGGUCAGUGGCAAAUAAGCAACACCAACAAGAAGCUAUAGGGAUUUGUUAUAAGUUGUUUGCAUAGCUGGGAUAGACAGGGUUUCUCAGAAUUUUGACAAAUAGGAUGAUUAUCUCUUUUAAGGAGUUUGGGAGACUCCCUAGAGGUGGAAUUCUUCGGUAAUUGGUGAGCCUCACUUUGAUUUGGAUAAGGUCAAUAAUUUUGUCAAGAAUUUGGUUGAUUUAUUUUCUUCUCUAUGACUUUAUAUUUUUGAAGCUUUGAACAGGUACUCCCUUGAAUCGCAUUUUGCUAUAUUGAAACGAAGCAGUACCAAAAUUUUUAUAGGAGUGAAGUGAGUUGAGCAUGUACAUGUUUGUCCUGUAUAGGGAGUGUAUGUAUGGAGUAAACUUUUAUUCUGAGGAGAUUUUUUCCAUUGAUUUAUAUGUGUGUGUGUGUGUGUGUGUGUUUGCAUUUAAUGGUUUGUUUAGUUGUCUGUUUCACAACAACAGAGACAGGUUUCAUCUUGAAGAAUACUUGCUGCAUGUAUUACUGAAAAUUCCAAGUACCCUAUUUCUUGAAUAAAAUUGAAGGAGAUAUUUUUUUGA